AUGGGUUAUUCAUUUUUGACUCAAUUAAUUUCUCGUUAUAUUAAAACUGUUUAUUUCAAGGUAUAUUCAUAUUUUGUAACGUUUCGGGUUAUUAGAAUUCGGGGCGUUACACAGGAAGAAAUAGAAUCAAAUACUGGGAGUCAAAGAGAUGAUGAAAUUCGAAGAACAUACGUACAAAAGGGUCCAUGUCAGCCUCGAAAUCACUUGUAUCCACAGAAAGAAUUUGGAGAUUCGUCGUUAAGACGAUUUAAAACUUCGUGGUUUAAUAACUUUCUUGAUUGGUUGGAAUACAGUAUAGCAAAAGAUAUCAUAUUUUGCUUUUAUUGUUUUCUUUUCAAACCAAAUAGUGAAGAGCAUGGUGGUGGUGAUUCUUUUAUUGAUGGAGGGUUCUCAAACUGGAAAAAGAAAGGAAGGCUUCAAACUCAUGUCGGGAAAAGUGGUAGUGCACACAACCGAGCGCAGAUUAAGUAUGAGGCUUUUUGGUUAUGUGAUCAUAAUAAAGAGAUUAAGGAUGUUUGUUUGAGUAAUGCUCCCGAAAACCAUCAGUUAAUAUCACCUAAAAUUCAAAAGGACAUUGUGAGUGCUAUUGCAUUUGAAACACUUGAUGUUAUUAUGAGGGAUAUUGGUGAUAGGUUAUUUUCCAUUCUUGUUGAUGAAUCUCAUGAUGUAUCAAUGAAGGAGCAAAUGUCAAUUGUUCUACGUUAUGUGAAUUAG